AUGACGGCUCGCCUGAUGCUCGCCGUGGGAGGAGCGGUGCUGGGUUCCUUGCAAUUCGGCUACAACACCGGUGUCAUCAACGCCCCACAAAAGGUGAUUGAGGACUUCUAUAACCGUACCUGGCAGUACCGAUAUGAGGAGCCCAUCAGCCCCGCCACCCUCACCACGCUCUGGUCCCUCUCCGUUGCUAUCUUCUCUGUUGGAGGCAUGAUCGGAUCCUUUUCCGUGGGACUGUUUGUCAAUCGCUUUGGACGGCGCAACUCCAUGCUUAUGUCCAACAUUCUGGCCUUCAUUUCUGCCAUCCUCAUGGGUUUCUCCAAGAUGGCUUUGUCCUUCGAGAUGCUCAUCCUCGGCCGCUUCAUCAUUGGCCUCUACUCUGGCCUCACCACUGGUUUUGUGCCCAUGUAUGUGGGUGAGGUGUCCCCCACUGCACUGCGGGGCGCGUUGGGGACCUUCCACCAGCUUGGCAUCGUCUUGGGCAUCCUCAUUGCACAGGUCUUCGGUUUGGACUUGAUCAUGGGAAACGACUCACUCUGGCCACUGCUCCUGGGGUUCAUCUUCGUCCCUGCCCUGCUGCAGUGCAUCAUCCUGCCCUUCGCCCCUGAGAGCCCCCGCUUCCUCCUCAUCAACCGCAACGAAGAGAACAAAGCCAAGAGCGUCCUCAAGAAGCUGCGGGGCACCACGGACGUCAGCAGCGACCUCCAGGAGAUGAAGGAGGAGAGCCGGCAAAUGAUGAGGGAGAAGAAGGUCACCAUAAUGGAGCUGUUCCGCUCCCCCAUGUAUCGCCAGCCCAUCCUCAUUGCAAUCGUCCUGCAGCUGUCCCAGCAGCUCUCGGGGAUCAACGCGGUCUUCUACUACUCCACCAGCAUCUUCGAGAAGUCGGGUGUGGAGCAGCCCGUCUACGCCACCAUUGGCUCUGGCGUGGUGAAUACGGCUUUCACAGUCGUUUCGCUCUUUGUGGUGGAACGAGCCGGACGCAGGACCCUCCACCUCAUCGGCCUGGCGGGGAUGGCGGGCUGCGCGGUGCUCAUGACCAUUGCCCUGACGCUGCUGGACCAAAUGCCCUGGAUGUCCUACCUCAGCAUUGUGGCCAUCUUUGGGUUUGUGGCCUUCUUUGAGAUCGGUCCAGGCCCCAUCCCUUGGUUUAUCGUGGCCGAACUGUUCAGCCAAGGCCCUCGUCCCGCUGCCUUUGCUGUCGCCGGCCUGUCCAACUGGACCUCCAACUUCAUCGUGGGCAUGGGCUUCCAGUACAUCGCGCAACUCUGCGGCUCCUACGUCUUCAUCAUCUUCACGGUGCUGCUGGUCCUCUUCUUCAUCUUCACCUACUUCAAGGUGCCGGAGACGAAGGGUCGGACCUUUGAUGAAAUCGCCUCGGGUUUUCGGCAGGGCGGAGCCAGCCAGAGCGACAAAACCCCGGAUGAGUUCCACAGCUUGGGUGCCGACUCCCAGGUCUGA